CAGCUGAUCGACAGGCGAAUGCGCUUGUGUGAGAAUUUACCGAGUCCAAAAGAAAGGUUUUUACUAUACGGACAAAACAUCAGAGAUAUCGACAGUCAGUCUGAAUUCCCUCUUCGGUUGAUAUUUUUUCACGACUUUUUUUUAUUGGAAACGCGUUCCUCAUUUCCCGUAAGUUAAAGCUCGCGAAAGGUGCGCGCGAGCUUUACGGUGUGCUUAUAUAGCUGUAAACAAUUUAGGUAUUCCGCGGUGAUUUUUUUUUUUCGAUACAUCGUCGCGCAACAGGAGCGAGAAGCUGUGGCAACGCGUUAAAGUAAAUAUAUCUCUUUGUCGUGUUUUUUCCCGUGCUGACGCAGUUUAGGAUCGGAACUUUCGUGCGGACGUGGAUUUGAAUUCGUGCAUUCGAGUGCGCGACUUGUUUACACCCGAGGGAGUAUCAAGCAUCGAGAGGAUACGACUACAUAAUACAUGGAAGAAAGGGAGAAAAAUUAGGGAGCCGUGAGUGCGAGGGAGACACGUGUAUAGAUAUAUUGUGAGCAAUCUGGUGGAACUGUACGUCAAGAAACGGAAAGUCAAAGUUAUAUUGUAGUGACAUUUAUUCCACCGUACAUAUUAUAUACGUCUUUGGACAUUCGUUUUCACGGCGUCGAGCCGUGAAUGGGAGAUCGUCGAUAAAAAAUAUUGUUAAAAAAUUCGUUAAUCCACCGAAAUCGUGAAAUACGAGAGAGGGAAAUGGCACGUCCGUCGACGCGUAAUCCCCUCGACUGCUUUUUGCGAAGGCAAAUUGAUGAUCGUACCAAUCAUUGCAAGCGGCUGGUUAGUGCGAGAAUAGAUGAUUCUGAGAAUCUCUUUCGCAAGGAUUUGCUCUCCCAUUAUGGUUGCGUUAACGCCAUAGAAUUUUCACCACAGGGUGAUCUCCUCAUUUCUGGUGGAGACGACCGUCGAGUGUUGCUAUGGAAGGUCGAACAAGCGAUCCAGGGUGUUGGAAAGCCCAUGCCUAUGAGGGCUCAGCAUGGAAGUAAUAUUUUUUGUUUGGGUUACGACAGCGGUAAAACGAAAAUAUUUUCUGCGGGUAACGACGACCAAGUCAUCAUCCACAACCUCGAAAAUGGAGCUCCUCUUAACUUUUUUUUGCACGAGAAACCGGUGUACGGUUUGUCGACACAUCCCCACAACGAUAACGUCUUCUCGAGCGCGUGCGACGACGGCAGAGUGCUCAUUUUUGACAUCAGAGAUUCGAGCAGUACAGAAACAUUUUGUCUGGCCCAAUAUAAGACUGCUUUCCACUCCGUCGUCUUCAAUCCCAUGGAGCCGAGAACUCUAGCCACGGCUAAUGCGCAAGAGGGUAUAAGCUUGUGGGAUGUCAGAAAACCGAUGACGCCCGUUUUACGUUAUGGAAGCGAAGGGCCCUCUCAGGGCUGCAUGAACGUGCGUUUCAAUUCCGCGGGAACGAGACUUCUCGCCCUCCGAAGACGUUUGCCGCCGGUCCUGUAUGCUGUCGAUUCUCCUACGCAUCUCUGCCACUUUGAUCAACCUGGUUAUUACAACAGUUGCACGAUGAAGUCCUGUUGCUUCGCCGGUGACGAUGACGAAUACGUUUUAUCGGGAUCGGAUGAUUUCAACUUGUACAUGUGGAAAAUUCCAAGUGAAGAAAUCAAAUGGGUGGACUCGGCACAUAUGAUUUUACGUGGCCACCGUUCAAUCGUCAAUCAAGUCCGGUAUAAUAGAGCAAGUUGUAUUCUCGCAUCUUCGGGUGUCGAAAAGAUCAUCAAGAUUUGGAGUCCAUUCCCAUUGUGCAACUCUUGCCUCGGUAGCUUGAAGAGAGACUCGGGCAAACAGGAACGUCAGCGUCGAGUAUUCACACAUGACGAGUACAUAGAAUUGGUUUUGAGAAGCGGGGAAUUUAUGACCCACGACUACAGUCACCAAUCGACUCUCGAAGAUCCGAGAAUGAUGGCGUUUUUCGAUUCUCUUGUACAACGCGAGAUCGAAGGGUGGGGUUCCGAAGACACACCGAACAGCCCACGAAGUAUAAGUGAGACGAAAAAUACAUUGAAUCCAGGACAAACACAAAAUUUCGCCACCGACUCUGAUGGAGCAACUACACGAAACAGUACUCGAACUGGAUCCGGGGGUGGUUUGGCGCCGGAAAGAUCGGUCGAUUCGCCAAAUCGAAUAACGAGAUUAAUAGGAAAUCGGCGCGAGAAACUGAUGAGGCUAGCAGCUAUUGAAGCCGGUGCUCAAGUGGUGAAUCUCUCCAGUAACAGUGCGAACAACGAUGAAGAAUCAGACCCGCAAGAGAGGGAAAUAGGAUCGGAUGAAAAUGAAGAAGACGACGAUGAAGUGCUACCGGCGAAAUUCAAAUCAAAAUCGAAAUCUCGUAGUAAAGGACUGAAACGUAAACAGCGAGCGGCUUCAGCAACGAUGUUAACGGCGGACAGCGAUCACGGUGAAUCGAGCAAAAGUAGCGAGAACGAAGAGGCAGUUCGAAAUAAGCGAAAAAGAGGUCGUAACGAGGGGGAAGCCUCAUCAUCGCGAAUUCAUCGUCGUCAACAGGGUAAGCUGAGGACUCGCAAAUCGGCGACAACCUCAGGAGAGCAGCAAACAAACACGGAGACGUCGAGUAAUCACAUUGAUGAAGUUGUUAAUGGUUUUACGGAGGAGAGUGCAGCGUGCACAGCAACGCCGUCAAAAAUAUUGUCAAGCAAUAAAAUAUCACCGCCAACACCUGAUAGCGGUAUCACAUCGUGCUCGUCUACACUCGAAAAAUGUGAAAGCAACGGUAGCUCAGGAGCUCGAAACGCUGCUGAGAACUCGGAUCACGAGAUGAGAGUUAAACAUCUAGAAACUUUCAAAAAAAAGAUUGAUGUAGCGCGCCGCGGCUAUCGAAAGCGAUUAACUCCGCAAGCAAAAAUCGCUGCAUCGACAGCUUCGGACUCUUCUGAUUAGGCUAUCCUUCAACAAAUCGGAAGGAAGCUCGAGAGAAAUCCGUGAAAUCGUCACGAAUCUAUUAUAUUCAUCGUUGUAGCACUUACAUUGCUUUUAAAAUCGCUUUUGUUUGUUUGAUUUAUUGAGAGGAAAGAAAACGUUUGAAUUAAGGAAAAUUACACUCAUCAAAAGUCGGAUGACACGCAUCAUAAUUUAUUCUGAUUGAAAACAAUAACAAAAACUAUCAAAAUUUCCAGGAUUAAUGAAUCACUUUCUUAUUUAUAUUCAAACGAAACUCCAAUCCUCACAGAAAAAGAUUGUCGAAGCAUGAAAACUUUUGAAAAGUUUGCUUGAUUUUGAAAAAAAAAAGAACUUUCUUCACCGUUUUUUAGUUCGGAUCUUAGCUUAUGUCAUAAUGAUCGAUGAUCAUUCAUCAUUUAAGAUUUUUGAGAGACACGAUGGUUUUCGCGACAAGUUAAAGAGCGCGAGGCCCUCUCCUCUUCACUUUUUUUAAUACCCUACUUUAAUCUAAGCGAAAUGUCUAAACUUUUUACUGGAAAUAAAACAAAACAUAAAAAAACCAUGUCGUUAUUCUAUAAAAAUAAUGGAAAAAAAUGAUAGGAAAAGAGCGAAGGAAUUUGAAAAUGCAUUGACUUCCUCGUUUUAUAACCCAUCGUCCGAUUAUGUUAUUAUUACAAAAAAAAAUAAUCGCAUAUUUUAUUUUAUGGUUUUAUUCGAUUUUUUAAGCAUUUUGGUACGCAAACAGGACCGAAUUUUAAAUGAAGUUUCGUAAGGCUAUAUGAUGGUAAAAUUAAACGCAAUCGGAGAUCGUUUCAACAAAAUAUUCCAACACAAAAGUUUCAACUCUGAUUUGAGGCAGUAUAAUUGCUGUAACUCAAAUAUUUGAGUUGCAAAACAUAAACGACCGAAUUCGCGCAAAUUCAAAUUAAGUCACUACAAGAAUCCAUCAAUUUUCUUCACGUGUGCGCAGCGCAAAUUGAUGGUGAAAAAAAAAACAGGAGACCCUCCGGCUCUUCAUGAUAUCCAUUUAUAUCUACAUGGUCAAUUUGUGAUUCCUUGAAAAAUAUAUUUCUAAAGUACUGCCAAUUGAA